GGCAUUUCAACCAUACCUAGGUACGGCUUGUCGAACAGGCCCGCAGUGCAUUCCCCGCCCCGCUUUGGCGGCAGUGGUAAGGUAUGCUUCUGUAUUACUUUACGGAAUCGGUCAUCAUCAUAUCCAUGCCAACAGAUCAAAAAACCUGUGUGGUACGGUGACUUGAGAAAUACCGCCGAAGCACGUUCAGGGGUCAACUACUAGAAUCAUCAUCACUGGCAAUCGAGCCGCAAAAAUAUACCGUGGCAACGACGAGAAUUUCCACCGAGAAUGCAAUGUCCUGCGGCGACUAGGCAGGCACCCCAAUGUGGUAGAAUUGCUUGACGUCCAACUUGAAGACAGAACACUUGUUCUGCAGGCUGGACGAUGCCUGCGAGAGAUACUACAAGAGGGCGACCGUGACAUGGACAUCUCAGAUAAAAGGCAAGAAAAAUGCGUCAGCGGACUUGCCUGUGGGUUGCAGUACGUGCAUGAUAACAACAUCAUACACGCCGAUCUCAACGCUGCCAACGUUAUUAUCUCCGGAGAUGAUCACGAUGUUGCCAUGUGGCUGGACUUUGGGGGCUCUCAAAUUGACGACCAAGAGGCCCUGGCCAACUAUGACGAGUACAGUUAUCGGCCACCAGAGUUUCCAGAUGAUCCUCCUGUUAGCCGGGCAACUGAUAUCUUUGCUUUUGGCUGUACCGUGUUCGAAAUCGAGACAGGCGCACCGCCCUUCUACCACGAGACCAAGCACAUGUCGCAGGCCGGAAAAAUGUCAUACCUCGAGGACAAGUAUCGCCAACGACUCUAUCCGUCCGUGGAAAAUCUACGCUUCGGCCGCAUAAUCAUGGGUUGUUGGGAGGGACGAUACGAGUCGAUGAACGAUCUGAAUCAAGAUUUAAAUUCCAUGGAUGUACAGCGAUCCCAGCCAUUAUCGUGGUAUGAUUCAAUCCCAGCUAUGAGGACGGCAAUUCGCAACGGCCUCCGGCGAUUUUAGCUUUGCCCAAACAAACAACGGAGCAGCUAUUGAGGGAAUGUGGUCAUCAUCAAAGUCAUCAUCAAAGUCAUCAUCAAA